AUGCAGAAGCAACAACAACAACAACAACUAAACACCAAACGCUCCGACACAUUCGGCCCGCCUCUCCCGCCACCAGAGCGCGUCUCCAGUAAGGGUGCUGCACGUCUGGCGACUGUUGUUUCAAUGACCAAACCCGGUGCUGUCACUCCGAUCCUCAAUAGCCUCCGCGACAGUGCUGCUGCUGUAACCACCGAUCAUGUCGACAGUGACCAGGUCGGAUCUUCCAAUCAACAACUUGCUGUCCCUCAACACACAAUGACACGCGUCCCCCAACGCCUUGCCUCGAAUGCAUCUACCAUCGACGACGGCACCCGCCGAAACCGCGGACCAGGUGGUGCAAUCAGCAGGGACACGCUCACGCUGAUUGAGAUUGAGACGAACUUGCCGCAUCAUCAUCAGGAGGAGCAGCAGGAGCAGCAGCCUCGUCAACAGCCGCUCCAAGAAGAGCGAAAGGUCUCACCAUCACUAGUAUCCCGGCUAAAGCAAAGGACUGGCAUCGGAUUGAACAAGAAGCUCCGCGAUCCAGGUCUGCCACCUGAGCGGCCGCUGCCGGACCUGCCCUCGGAGGACGCAAGCGACAUCAGCUCUAGAUUGGGGGAUGGGCAGAGGAACAGCAAGGUGUCUGACCAGACGCGCCAUUCCACGUCAGAGCCCGCCGAAAACACUCCGACAACGGAAGUCCCCAUGAGCAAUAUCAAGCCGCUAUCGAUCAAAGCCUCUUCAGCAGCAAUGACCACAGUCGCAUCCACCCUCAUCGAAAAGCCGCAGCUGAGCCCAGCAGCCUCCUCUCUAUACAGCCAAGCCUCACAUCUCUCAGACCUCUCGACCCUUUCCAAGCCACGAUACGUACGCCACGACAAAACAUCCUUCCGGGACGAACGCAUCAAGCAGCUCAAACGGCGCUACAAAGCCGAGACCUCCUCCCGCCACCACCUUCACGAGCCCAGACGAAUUAGCGAAGAGACGGAGGACGAUACCGGUGGCGACGAACACGAUGUCGCUUUCAGCACGCCUCCGCUGCAUCCGGUGGCUGAUGCUAGCGCUACUGCUCUGAUGAGGACGUCACCUGCAAAGGCUGCUUCAACCACCAAAGCUUACGACGACGGCCCAGACGCGCCGCUGCCACCUCUCCCGCCACUGUUGCCACACCUGCGCGAGCAGCCAUCAAUCGACCAGCUCGAUCAAUUUCCGCAAGUCCCUGCCUCACGUCCUGGAAGUCGCGCCUCGGAAUCCCACCACAGCGUCAGUGCGACCUCGAAGCGAACACAGAGCCGCCCAAGACAUCCGUCGCAUGCCAGGCAGAGUUCAAAGGCAAGCUCGCGGUACAGCUAUCGGCCUGCUAUGCCGAGACUUCCGACUGGUGCUUCAAGCUCAUCGGCAUUGUUGCAUGGACCGCCGAAGCAGUUGCUGUCCACCAGCCAGAUUCUCGUCAUGGUGGAUACGAAUCCUGUGACUGGCAACUUCCGUGCUGGGGCGAUCAGCCCGGAGCCGGUGAGCGUGGUCUCCAGUCGAGAAGGUAGUCCCGCGAAGUCGUCGUUGCGGUGUGCGGUUGGGUCCUUAGGUAUGCAUGGUAGUCGUACGCGGACCGCUGGGUAUGUGCCUUUGCCAUCCCGGAUCGACGAGCAUGGUGAUAUGUAUGACGACGGCUUCGACGCAUCAGCCGACUCGCCUAAUCGCACUCGCGAUGAAGUUGUGAUCAGCAGGAACGGCAAAGACAGGGCAGUCAGCCCCGCCUCGAAGAAGACAAGCAUCCGCUCAACACACUCUCGCGCCUCGAGGCGAUCGGGUGCUGCCUCGCGUCAGAGUUAUCGACACUACCUGAGAACGAAUCGUCCUGGCAUGCAUCGACGCACGUCUGUCGAUACAUACGCCUCACUCAACUCAUCCCCUGCCCAAUCCUCGUCUGAGGACGAAGCACAAGCACCCUUGCUCUCGCAUUCUCACUCCCACACCCUCUCAAACAGCAGCUCUGGGCCUGUUGCGCCGCCGCCGUCAAAGAAGAAGUUGCGCAGAAGGUGGAAUAGCAAUGACAUCCACACCUUCCAGCUGCUGUCUGACGAUCUGGAGGAGAAAUAUGACAUGCUGUUCGCGCAGGAGAGGGAACUGGCGAGGCUGAAGGAGGAGGUGAGAAAGAUGAAGAGGAUCAUGGCACCGAUGGAAAGGGUAAGGGGCCUGAGAGUUGCUGCAGAUGAUGGUUUGUCAGGUCCUGAGGCGUCGGGAGCCGGUGGCUCCGCUGGUACCAGUCUCACUGCUCGUGGCUUAGGCUUGACGACAACAGCCAGUGCUCUCGGUAGUCCGAGUCGUGCUGCUGGAGCCCCUCGCGAUGGUCGUGGGCCGUACGUGCACACUCAUACGCAUUCCACAUCGUCGUCAAAGGCGAACUUGGAUGCCGCUUCUGCAGCUUUGGACGCCAUCGUACGAGAGCGUGGUCACGGUCCCUCGAUCAAAGAUCAACGCCCUGUCAGCGGCGUCAGUAGCUUGAGUGCCACGACUCAGCUCAGUGGCAUGAGUACCGCAUCAAGUGCGAAGCUCGCCGCCGGAGAUGGUAGCAAAAGACAGGCUGCCACUGACGAACAUGGCUCGAGGAGCAAGGAGGGCAGCAUGACAGAUCCAAGAGAGUAUGACCUUGAGCCUGAGCCAGUCACGCCCUUGAGAACGGCAAGCAAAAAGAGUCACCACACCAAAACGAUAUCUGCUUCUGCAGCUGCGCCCACAUUUGCGGAUGCAGCUCGGCCCAAGUCAAGGGGGACAUUGUCGAUGCGGAGCUUCCGAUCUGGGCGGAAGAGCAAGGACGUGUCGGCCUCGCCAAUGGUUCAGCUUCACCGUCCACCUCCUGUCCCGCGAACCAUAAAGCGCGAGGUCCUGAGUGAGGAAGAAGAUGGGUUUUUGUCGGCUGCGUCGAUGGGUGGGAGCACGCCAGACUUGCUCUUGGGCGUCAAGCAGAAUGAUGGUGUCGUCUUGAGGACGAAGGGCUAUCUGCGUAUCGCAGGGCUCUCGCAGACCAACUUGCUGGCUGGUGUGGAUGAUGCUGACAACGAUGACAACAAAGAAAAUGUGGAUGCCGCCGAAGCCGGUAGAAGAGCGACUGAAAAUGUGAUCGAAACGAGCGGGAUAUUUUCGCUUUUGCCGAAGAGUGCGACUGCUGAACACGAACAUGAGAAUGGGGACAAGAGACUUAGUGUCAAUCAUGCCUUCAAUCGGACUGAUGCGUGGGACAAGAUGCUGGACGCUUUUGCCUGA